UCAUUUCACCUAAUUUUGUUGACAUGUCCGAAAUUCAAGAGAAACGAUGGACUCAUUUAAGGAAGAUUUUAGAGCGCCCGGGGCCUUUUUGCCACCCCGAAUUCGAGCCGUCGAAGGAAAUCCUCGAUUUUGUGAUGACGACGUGUAAAGUGUUGGUGAUCGGGGCCGGGGGUCUCGGGUGCGAACUCCUCAAAGAUUUGGCCCUAAUGGGGUUCAAACAACUCCACGUAAUCGACAUGGACACGAUCGAAUUAUCGAAUUUAAACCGCCAAUUUUUGUUUAGACACAAAGAUAUAGGUAUGUCCAAAGCUGAAAUUGCUUCAUCUUUUAUUAACCGCCGCGUGGGGGGAUGCCAAGUGACCCCCCAUUUUUGCAAGAUUCAAGAUUAUGAUGAAGGUUUUUACAAGCAAUUUCACAUCAUUGUGUGUGGGUUAGAUUCGAUUGUUGCUAGAAGAUGGAUUAAUGGGAUGUUGAUUUCAAUGUUGAGCUAUGAAGAUGGAGUUUUAGACCAAACUAGUAUUAUACCAUUAGUUGAUGGAGGAACCGAAGGUUUUAAAGGAAAUGCAAGAGUUAUUUUACCUGGUUUGUCCCCUUGUAUUGAUUGCACCUUAGAUUUGUACCCCCCACAAGUCAAUUAUCCUUUAUGUACAAUAGCCAAUACCCCAAGACUUCCUGAGCAUUGUAUUGAGUAUGUUAAAGUAAUCCAAUGGGGGAAAGAAAAUCCUUGGGGGGUUAAUUUAGACGGAGAUGACCCCCAACAUAUAGGUUGGAUUUACGAAAAAUCGAUGGAACGCGCUUUGCAAUUUAACAUAAACGGGUUAACUUAUCGUUUAGUCCAAGGAGUCGUGAAAAAUAUAAUUCCCGCGGUUGCCUCGACCAACGCGAUCAUUGCCGCGGUCUGCGCAACGGAAGUUUUUAAAUUAGCGACGAGCUGUUGCGUCCCAAUGAAUAAUUACACCGUUUUUAACGACGUCGAUGGGAUUUACACCUACACUUAUGAGGCGGAAAAGAAAGAUAACUGUUUGGCUUGUUCCCAAAUCCCCACGACCGUACAAAUUAAAGAUCCCGAUAAAUACAAGCUAAAAGAUUUGAUUCGAAUGUUAUGCGAGAGCGCUUCCUUUCAAAUGAAAAAUCCCGGAUUAACGACGGUUAUCGAGGGGAAAAAUAAAACGUUGUAUAUGUCGAGUAUUAAAAGUAUCGAGGAAAAAACGCGGGAGAAUUUGUCGAAAAGUUUGAUCGAAUUGGGGUUGAAGGAUAACUCUGAGAUUAUGGUGGCGGAUUUGACGUCGCCGAGUACGAUGGUUUUGAAGCUUAAGUAUUUAGUUGAAGAUGUUGAAAUGCAGAGCAAAAUACCCCAAGACUUCCCGAACAUUGCAUCGAGUAUGUUAAAGCAAUCCAAUGGGCGAGAGAAAACCCUUGGGGGGUUAAUUUAGACGGAGAUGACCCCCAACAUACAGGGUGGUUCAGUUUUUAAUCGGGAAAC